UUUAAAGGUCAUUAUAUGUUUAACAUAAGCAUGACAAUGAAGGCAGAAACCUUGAAGGAUGGUAUUAAGUCAUCUAAAUACAUAAAAAUGAAAACUGUGUGUUUCCAAAAAUGUUGUGAACAAAAUUAAAAGGCAAAAGACAAACUGAGGAAACUAUUUGCAACAUAAAUGGCAAUGGAGAAAUAUCCUCACUAUGGAAAUAAAGAUGGGAAAAGAGAAAUUGAGCAUGAAAUUGAUGCUCCUAAGGGUUCUGGCAGAGGUUGCUGCUUGUCCUCUGAUGUCCAUUCUCUGCUUUCAGAGUAAGUGAACUCCAGAUUUUUAGGUAAGUAGGUUCAUGAUCUCUCAGAACAUAGACUACAUCUCCCAGCAUCCCUUGCAGCUAGGUGUAGCUGUCAGUUUCUAUCCUGCCUCCUGAAUUGUGGGUGUGGUUGUGGUGUGCCAUUUUGGACUAGGUAGAGGAAGGUCUAGAGACUGCCAAGCAACAAGAUGGAAGGAGCUUGAAUCUCUGGUACCUUAAAGAGACAGCUGCCAUACUAGUUAGCCCUAACCACCAACCAACAGAACGUAGUGUGAGAACAUAUAUCAUUUUGCCAUCAAACAUAACUGUUGAGCUAUUACUAUUAAAAAAAGAAACCACAAACCACCACUCUUCAAAACCCCAAACCAAAAACCACAUGAAAACGAAAGGCUGGAUCUAACUUUGGGGGACUGGUUAUCAGGGAGGAAGAGAAACAGUGGGGGAUGGGGAGGGGCUGGAGAAAAUGUAGUCAGACACAUGGGGAAAAACAAGGUAACAGUCAUGGACACAAGAGAGAAGAUGAGUCAUCAAUGAUCAAACACUUCAAAGAGACAAAGGAACAGUUAGAAUGGAGUAAAGGGCAUUGUAUUUGGCCAUGAGAUCACUAGGAAACUUAGGGAGCACCAUCUUGGGUGACUGGUGGGGACAUCGUGAGAUUUCAGAGGGUUAAGGCGGGACUAGGUGGUAACUGACACAUACUCACUGAGAGGCCUGAUGGAGGGAGGAGGGCAGUGGAAGCCGCUAGGGCAAAAGGACAACAAUUCCCGCCUUCUAGGGUGGGAGGACCUGUGUAGUGGAGCUUCUGCCCGAUACCGUUCUUCGGCGUUGGCUGCCAUUUUAGUUUUCGGAUUGCUUUGGGCCAAGUUUGGACAAUAUAAGAAGUGAAAGACUUUAUUAGUACUGAGGAAGUAGAAAGAGAAGGUAAUGAUGGAAGGGCCCAAGGAGUUCUGGAGUGUUCCUGAGGAGCUAAGACAAAGGGCGGGAACCAGCCUUGUAAGUCAGGGGUAGCAAGGCUUGGCCAGCUGGAGGCAAUGAGAGCUCCAGAACCAGAUAGGCUCGGUUUGGGCUUCCAUCUGGACUGUUUAUUGUCGGUGUGGCUCUGAUCUCUCUGGGUCUGUUUCUUCCUCUGCCAAAUGGAGAGUUUCCUCUUUGACAGAGUUAUUGUGGGGGGUCAAAGGAGAGAGUGUGUGUAGACACCAGCAUAACCGUAGACAGUUCAUAGUCCCCUUCUGCGUUUUGCAUUCACUGCUAGAAACGCACUACAACGUAGUUAUUUUUGGACAGUGAAAAAAUUUAAUAUUAAUCGUCAAAAAUUUAUUUAAUAUUAAUCGUCAAAAUCUAUCAUUAAAGGUCGAAUUUUGUGAAUUUUCCCUCCAAUUAGAAGCAUUACCUUUUUUAAAAAAAAUAGCCCAUCUGUCUUCCAACCCACGGCAUUGUGAGCAAACUGAGUUUCAUUGGAGCCAGGAAAGUCCCAUUCAGCCGGUGAUAACCUCUUACAUUUAUACUGCAAUUUAGCUUUGCACAGUGGCAGUAUCAUAGCCAACGAGGUUUAUCGGAGGCACGAUUACUGCUGAUUGAAAACUUUUCCCUCUACUACAGUUUACACAUCGUAAGUCGUUCUUUAGUUGUAUUGUAUUUGAUUCUGAUGCUGGGAGAAGAGGCAGAGGUUGGGAUCCUUAUUUUGCAACUAAAAAACAAAAAACAAACAAAAAACACUUAGGAAGGGAAGUGCUGAGAAACUAACCAGACUCACUUGGUAGUUCAUGCUCACAAAUCGCAUUUUCUUUUUUAAAACAGAGUUGCUAAAUCGGGAAUGCGAUUAAAACGUGCAUUUUGAUGUUAGGACAGUUGACAAAGCCUCUCACCCAGUCUUUGUGGAGAAGUUGGGGAAAUGUGAUCUGAGUGGAGUGGGUGGCACUCUGAAUUAGACAAUCAGCAGUGGCCCCAAAAUGUUGAAGAAAGAAGUGGAUCAGUGCCAACCUGGACCAAGUGCUUCACUCCAGCGCCUGUCCCAGUAAAUUUUUUAUUGAUAACUCUGAUAAAGUCACAGAAGUCAAGGUCAACAUAUCUGUAGUUGUUAAAGCUGGGAGUGAUACUUAAUACUUUAGAUAGGAGAAUUCAUCUUGAAAAAGAUCUUGUGCAAUGAACAAAAAUUUAAUAGGGAUGCAUGCAAAACCUGUUCUCCCUUCAAAAGAAUUUGCAACCCAACCGUGGGAUGGAGGAGAUGGUGUUAAGCAGCCUGUGGACUCCAAGUUGCUUCAUUGGUGCAAGUUCAGUGCAAACCAAGAACUGUUGCAGCCCAGGGAGGAGGAGACAGACCAGGCUGCCGCAGGGUCACGUGACACAAGGGUCACGUGACACCGGCGGGGCAGGGUUGGGGUUGGCGUUGUUCAGCCUGGGGAAGAGGAUACCAGCCGGGUCAAGGGGUAGAACUGGUUUCACGAAAAGGCAGUUGGUUGCGUCGUAGAAGAGGGACUAGCCCGUGGCUGCUGAGGGGAGAAUUAGAAUCCAUGGAAGGUAGUUCCACAUAGGGAAGCAGAUUUGGAUUCAAUACACGACAGAACUUUUCCAGCAAUUUGACCUGCUCAACAGUGAGUGGGGCUGUUUCGUCCGUGGAAGUGGAUAAUUUACCAGUUAUUAAAGAUAUUUGGGACAGGAGUGUGUAGGGGUGGGAAUUUAGACACAGUGACAAUCACGAGGAUAACUAACUUUUAUUUCGUUCCCACAGCUACCCUGAGAGGUAAAUAGUAUCUCCAUUUUGCAGGUGAGGAAACUGAGAUGCCUAGAGGUUAAGUGACUUGUCCAAGGUCACCCAACAGCUCUCCAGUGGCUCGGAGGACCCAGGCUCUCCCCUUGUCCUCUCCUCGCCUCGCUCGUCCCCCCUGGAAUAAAAGUAUCGGCGAGCCCCACAGGCCCAGAGAAGGCCGAAGUUCAGGAACUGCUCCGAGGGUCCCGCGCUGAGAGCUCUCCAUCUUUUCCCCCUUGCUUCUCCUGCCCACGCGUCUUGGACAUGCCAGGAUUUAAAAGGAUACUCACUGUGACCAUUCUGGCUCUCUGUCUUCCAAGUCCUGGGAAUGCACAGCAACAAUGCACUAACGGCUUUGACCUGGACCGCUCAUCAGGACAGUGUUUAGAUAUUGAUGAGUGCCGGACCAUCCCCGAGGCCUGCCGAGGAGACAUGAUGUGUGUUAACCAAAACGGCGGGUAUUUAUGCAUCCCCCGAACAAACCCAGUGUAUCGAGGGCCCUACUCCAACCCCUACUCCAACCCCUACUCAGGUCCGUACCCAGCAGCUGCACCCCCGCUGUCAGCUCCAAACUACCCCACGAUUUCGAGGCCUCUCAUGUGUCGCCUUGGAUACCAGAUGGAUGAAGGCAACCAGUGUGUAGAUGUGGACGAGUGUGCAACGGAUUCCCACCAGUGCAACCCUACCCAGAUUUGCAUCAACACAGAAGGAGGGUACACCUGCUCCUGCACUGACGGCUAUUGGCUGCUCGAAGGCCAGUGCUUAGACAUUGAUGAAUGUCGCUACGGCUACUGCCAGCAGCUGUGUGCGAAUGUUCCUGGAUCUUAUUCCUGUACGUGCAACCCUGGUUUCACCCUCAACGAGGAUGGAAGGUCUUGCCAAGACGUGAACGAGUGUGCAACUGAGAACCCCUGCGUGCAAACCUGCGUCAACACCUAUGGCUCUUUCAUCUGCCGCUGCGACCCGGGAUAUGAACUUGAGGAUGAUGGAGUUCAUUGCAGUGAUAUGGACGAGUGCAGCUUCUCUGAGUUCCUCUGCCAACAUGAGUGUGUGAACCAGCCUGGCACGUACUUCUGCUCCUGCCCAGCUGGGUACAUUCUGCUGGAUGACAACCGAAGCUGCCAGGACAUCAAUGAGUGUGAGCACAGAAACCACACGUGCAUCCUGCAGCAGACUUGCUACAAUUUGCAAGGGGGCUUCAAGUGCAUUGACCCCAUCCGCUGCGAGGAGCCUUAUCUGCGGAUCAGCGAUAACCGCUGUAUGUGUCCCGCUGAGAAUCCUGGCUGCAGAGACCAGCCCUUCACCAUCUUGUACCGGGAUAUGGACGUGGUGUCUGGACGCUCUGUUCCUGCUGACAUCUUCCAAAUGCAAGCAACGACCCGCUACCCUGGGGCUUAUUACAUUUUCCAGAUCAAGUCUGGGAAUGAGGGCAGAGAAUUCUAUAUGCGGCAAACAGGCCCCAUCAGUGCCACCCUGGUGAUGACACGCCCCAUCAAAGGGCCCCGGGAAAUACAGCUGGACUUGGAAAUGAUCACUGUCAACACCGUCAUCAACUUCAGAGGCAGCUCCGUGAUCCGACUGCGGAUAUACGUGUCUCAGUACCCGUUCUGAGCCCUGGGCUGGAGCCUCUGACACUGCCUCUCAACAGCAUCAAGGGACAGGAGAAGCGAAGGAACCAGAGGGAGAAUGAGAGCGAGAAAGACGUGAUGCCCUUCCUGCCGAAUGUCUCCUGGGGAGUCAGCCCCGAGUCCUGACCACACCUGUAUUAUUAUAAACCCCGUCCCGUCACUUUGAAGGACAUGCUUCCCCAGUUGCUAUGACACAGUUAUCAAAAAGCAUUAUCAUUGGCACCCUAACCUGAGAUCGACGGUGAUUUUUCAAGGCCUUCAGUUUAUUUCCAUAUUUUUCAAAGAAAAUAGAUUAGGUUGGCUGGGGUCUGAGUCCACGUUCAAAAACUGUGAACCGCUUCCUCUCACCUGCUCCAGGCCUUCUUUCUAUCUCUCGCUGAUUGCUUCUUUGCCAAGGCCCAAAAUGCUCCUGCGGAUGCUGGGUGUAGCUAGCUUGCUUCUUGCAUGUACAGAGAAGGCUAUGGAAAGAAACCACAGCAGGAUCUAAGGGUUUUUAAAGAGUCUAUUUCAAAGCCAUGUCUGGUAUUUUCAGCCAUAAAAGAAGUUUUAGUUGUCCUUAAAUCUGUAUAACUGUUUAAUCCUUUCUUGUUCAUUUGAGUAUUUUUUUUUUUUUAAUCCACGGUAGAAUUCCUUCAAAAGGCCUUAAGGCACGUGUUAUGUUCUGUCUUCCCAAACCCAGUCUCCUCUCCAUUUUAGCCCAACGUUUUCUUUGAGGACCCCUUCAUCAUGCUUCCUUUAGAAUUUUUACACAACUGGGUUGGAAGGCAGAGGUCUCCAAACUGAUUAAAUAUUUGAAGAGA